AUGAGCAGUUGUUCUGCUGGAUCAGGUAAAAGUACCUUUAGUAAACAGCUGCGUGUCCUGUACGGGGAUGGCUUUCCGGAGGCGGAGAGGGUCAAGCUACGGCCAAACGUGUACAGCAACGUCCGGGUGGCCAUCAAGCGUCUGGUACGGGCUAUGGAGAAACUAGGAAUCCAGUUUGAGAAGGAAGAGUCAAAGGAUCUCUCAGAAAACCUAGUGAGCGUGGAAAAUGGGCAACACUGUUAUGAGCUGUGCGCGGACGACAAGCUGAGUUUGGAAGAGACGGUGGCAAUCCGGGCACUGUGGCAAGACAAGGGGGUACAGGACGCCUGGGAACAGAGACAUCUGUACCACCUGGCAGAGUCAGCCAAAUAUUUCCUGGACAACAUUGACCAGAUCUCCACCGAGACGUACAUCCCUUCUGUGCAAGACAUCCUGUAUAUCAGAUUACCCACCACUGCUAUUGAGGAGCAUGAAUUUUCUGUCAAUGGACUAACAUACAGAGUGAUUGAUGUAGCAGGCCAGAAGAGUCAACGGAAGAAGUGGAUCCAUUUCUUUGAGGGAGUGACAGCUGUUCUGUUCUUCACUGCCCUGAGUGGUUUCAAUGAGCUCAUGGACGAUGAUGACAAAGUGAACUGUUUGCACGACAGCCUGGACCUGUUCCGUGACCUGGCCUACAACAAGUGGCUGGAGCAGACAGACUUCAUCCUGUUCCUGAACAAGCAUGACCUUUUCGUGGAGAAACUCAAGACAACCAGUAUCAAAAGCUGCUUCCCACACUAUGAUGGUCCCAACACGCCGGAAGACUGUACGGACUUCAUCCAAGGGGAAUUCCUGAAGAGAAAACCUGUGAAGAAGACCGUCUAUCCUCACAUAACCUGUGCCACGGACACCAACCUCAUGAAGACCAUCAUCAGUGAUGUGCACAACAUUAUCGUAGAUAUCAACCUGCGCAGGGUUGCCCUGCUGUGAUUCCUGAGAACUCUGUGUAUUGUUGCAACUGUGUUGGGGAUGGGGCUUGUAGGGAAGGGGUUGUACUUCCGCUUGUCCAGAGUUUUGUAUGUGUAGGUAGUCUUUCUUCUCGAAAUGGGACAAUGGAUUGGGUGCAAAAUGAUGACAAGGGCAAUGUUUGUAACCUUGAACCUUGCUGUGCAUAUUGUGCAGUUUUGACACUGGAGUCGUCUGUUUGAAUGUAUCUGACUUUGGGGAAUUUUCACUUCAAUUUGUAAUAAGUUACUACGCCACCCGGCAGCCUUGACAAGUACUGCAGCAGCUGACAUAAUUGCCAUGUAAACUCACUUUGUUUUUUGUUGUUUUUUUACUCCUUUGAAAGAUUUAAUAGGUCAAAGAGGAUGACGUGUGAAAGCCAAAA